GAAAAGAGGGAGCCCCCAAAUUUGUCGCCUCGAAGAGACCGCCCGUCGAGAAGCACACGAGGAAUGUCGGCUAUAACCUUGAACCGGCACAAAGUCCGCAAAUUGACCACUCUGGCUCCCUUCCUCAGUCGUGGAAACUUGAUCGUCACCCCCGUCGUCUUCUUCAUUGCCGAUCAAACGCUGAUGCCUCGACUGAAUGCCAAGGAAGUCGAUGUACUCUUCUCGCACCCCUUGGAGAAUUUCCUCACAGGACCGUUCUCUCGGUCAUACCAAAUCCCUUGGUUCUCAACCAACGUGCCUUAUCGAUUGUUUGAGUUUCCCAGUAAACAUUCCCCUAUCGUUGGAUUUACUGCGGAUGUUCUGAUAGAAGUGGCAGUGUUAGGGUUUGGCCGAGAGCCGGAUUUCGAGCGGAAAGCAGCGGGGCAGUUACCGAUGACGGAGAUCAUCACGAUAGCUCUGCGAGAAGCGCCGGAAUUCCAAUCCGACGACCAAGCCCAUCAGGUCGCCUCACACGACAUCUUGGAAGACGGGCCCAGAAGCCCGUUGGCUCGACUCCGCCACGCCUUGCAGCUUCCGUCUAACCUCCAUGUCUCGGAGACCUUCUCUUCCUUGAGAAAACUCAUAGGCGCCAAGUUGUAGCUUUCUUUUCAUCCCUCGUUCUUGUUCAACUGGCUCUCAUAAUUGAAUCGGUUUACUUGCACUUUGUUUGGUUUUUUGGUUCUUGAGGACCGAUAAAUGCUCGUAAUCUCCCACUUGAUACCUUUUUUCCUGACACGCUAUUGUCAAACCUUCUCAUACCAACAUGUACCAACCUAAUUGAUUCCUUCUCUCAUCAUUUGCGGACGUAGCCCUUUAAACCACUUUUUCAAUUGCA